AUGUCUCCAAUCUAUGCUUUCUUAAUGACUGGAAAUAUGCCCAUCGAUAAGUCUCAAGCCCGGAAGCUACGGUACCGAUCGGCAAGAUACACAGUCAUCAAUGAUGUCUUGUACAAACGAGGCUAUACCACACCAUACCUGAAAUGUAUCACUGCCGGACAAGGGGACUAUGUCCUUCGGGAAAUCCACAGUGGAGUAUGCGGUGAUCAUUCUGGUUCCCGAUCGCUAGCACAUAAGGUAUUUCGGCAAGGGUAUUACUGGCCGACUUUGCACCAAGAUGCGAACGCGUUAGUGAAGAAGUGCGACAAAUGCCAACGGUUCCGUAAUGUAGCUCAAGUCCCUGCCGAACCCUUAACGUCGAUCAUAAGCCCAUGA